AUGGAGUCGCGUACCAAGUGCUUACGAUAUUCAAUUGAUAGACUACCAGACGAGCUGAUAACCUCCAUAGUGUCACUUUUACCUUUGAAAGAAGCGACACGGACUAGUGUCCUCGCCCGAAAAUGGCGAUUCUUCUGGCUUUCUAAUACGAUGCUUGACUUUGAUGCUUCACUAUUAGUUGGUGAGUUCAAGAAUAAUAGAAGGUCCCUUGUAAGUGAAAGGGUAAGAUACGUUGAGCGGGUGAAUCAAUUUCUGAGCCUGCAUUCUGGUGAGUCCAUAGAAAAGUUCCGGACAUCCUUCGAUUUGGAUCAGAGUUCUGCCCAUGAUAUCGAUAGAUGGAUCAAAUUUGCAUUUGCUAAGAGGGUUAAAAGGCUAGCAUUAGAGUUCGUGCAGCCCGGUUAUUUUAGACGCGGUCAAUACACUUUUCCAAAGCAGGGUCUACAGGCGUGUGAGUCUUUGGUCUCGCUAGUCCUGCAUAAAGUGGCAAUUGAUGGAGAAACUCUUGAGUUUUUCUUAACUAACUGCCCAUUACUCGAAGAACUACAUGUGGAAGAUGCAGAUUCUUUGAAAAGUUUGAAGGCCAGCUGUUGCCCUAAUCGGCUGAGGCGGCUGGAGAUAAUUGGUUGCCUGGACUUGAGGAGGCUCGAGAUUUGCUCGCCUGAUCUAGUCUCCUUCACAUUGGACGCGUCCGAAAUUGCUGUGACCCUGGAAAAUAUUUCCUCUAUCGUUGACCUAACCCUUGGGGCACUAUGGCCUAGCAAGCUGUCCACUUAUUUGUUUGGAAUUUCCGGGUGCUUGACUUGGCUGGAGACACUAACGCUACACACGACCAUAAUGCAGGAGAAUGAAGAGCUGGAAUACCCAAAUUACCGAGGCUCAAAAAGUUAG